CAGGGCGCGACUCCGGGAUUGGCGCGCGGGGCUGCCGGCCCUCCUAGGCACGCUGUGCCUUGUGGGUGGGAACGCGCGGAUAGGGCUCGGCGUUCCGGGAGAUGCUGCGGCCCCGCGACUGGGAGCCUGCGCGGAGACACUUGAAUUAGCUGUAGCAGAAGAGAAAUGGAGGAGCCAUAGAACAUUUAAGGAUGAAUUCAGGAAGGCCUGACACCAUGGAAAACUUGCCUGCACUCUACACUAUUUUCCAAGGAGAGGUUGCUAUGGUGACAGACUAUGGAGCCUUUGUCAAAAUCCCCGGUUGUCGAAAGCAAGGUCUGGUCCAUCGAACUCACAUGUCAUCUUGUCGUGUGGAUAAGCCCUCUGAGAUGGUCGAUGUUGGAGACAAAGUGUGGGUGAAGCUUAUUGGCCGGGAGAUGAAAAAUGAUAGAAUAAAAGUGUCCCUUUCCAUGAAGGUUGUCAACCAAGGAACUGGGAAAGACUUGGAUCCCAACAACGUUAUCAUUGAGCAAGAAGAGAGGAGGAGGCGGUCCUUCCAGGAUUACACUGGGCAGAAGAUCAGCCUUGAGGCUGUCCUGAAUACUACGUGCAAGAAGUGUGGUUGCAAAGGCCACUUUGCAAAAGACUGUUUCAUGCAGCCAGGUGGAACCAAGUAUUCUCUGAUACCUGAUGAGGAAGAGGAGAAAGAAGAGGUUGGCAAGGCAGAAGAAUUUGAGAAGCCUGAUCCCACAAGAAAUUCUUCUAGGAAAAGAAAGAAGGAAAAGAAGAAAAAGAAACAUAGAGACAGGAAGUCAUCUGACUCUGACAGCUCUGAUUCUGAGAGUGACAUGGGCAAGAAAGCAAGGCACACAUCAAAAGACAGCAAGGCUGCAAAGAAGAAGAAGAAGAAGAAGAAGCACAAGAAGAAGCAUAAGGAGUGAGGGCGUGGCGGUGAGAAGAUGAGCCAGGAGUGAGAAUAUGGUCUCCCACCCCAUUGACUUUGUCCUCAUGGGAGAUGCUUCCUUACACAGCAGGCAGAACAGGGAGCUAGAGGUCAAAAGCAGCUCCCAAAUGAGUCUUUUCCUUAUUGUUCCCAGCCCCUUUUCAAAAGACCCCUGCAGCCACUGCAUUCAUUACCUAACUUCCUUCAUUCAGCAGGUGGUCCAGGGCCCCUCCCCAGCUGCCACUGCCAGAGCUGGAUUCCUUUUUGGGAGUCCAGACCAGAACUACAGGUCCUACUGUGGAGGUGAGCUUGGCUGUGGUGGGAGAAGAGUGAACAUCCCUGCCUGUCUGCCUCUCUUGGACCACUUGGUGGUGGAGGGACCCUGGCAGCAGGAGGGAGAGUGGUAAGAAGUGGUGCUCACCUUUCCAUUCCCUUAACAAGGGUCUACUCUGAAGUGACAGCCGGUGGCCACACCAGAAAACAGUGAUCUACAGUGUGACUUAUCUUGUAUUCCAACAGGCUACUGAACCAGAAAUCCGAAGAUCAUGCCUCUACUUUCUGUUUAUCAUUUUGUGUGUUGACUGGCUCCAUUUCAAGUCUGCUUAAAUUCCUGGCAUAAAUGAAAUGUGUUUGGUUUUAAAGUU